CCUCUUACUUUAUCUAAGUCAAUUAAAUUGCCUAAAAUUAUGUACCGAUCAGUUAAAGUGUAACACUUAUUAAAUAUGGAAGAAAUAUCAAUUUGUUGCACAAUUUUACUUCCCUAAAUUUCAAUUAUUAUUAUUAUUAUUAUUAUUUUUUUUUUUUUUUUUUUUUUUUUUUUUGUAAUAUAUGGAAGGUUAAUACUCCGUAUGAAAUUACUAUAAGAUACCAUUUAUUUGCUUCCAUAUUAAUAAUUGUAAAAACGAUUUUUGCCCUUAAUUAUGUCCAUUAUUUGGAAAGUCAUUACUCAUUACUCCAUAAUUAUAAUCAUGGGGGUAUUAGAUACGAUUAUAAAUAUUAGGAAAAAUAGAUAUACGAUUUUGUAAUCAUCGAAUAUCUGUCCUCCUCCUCUCCGACUUGUGAUAUUUCAGUAUUUGUAUACUCCAUUGAAGAGCUUUCUGAGAACCCUUGUAAUGGUAGGACGGAAGUAUGAAAUUGGAGUGUUUGAUACUGAAACUCUAGAGCAGGGUACAAAAGUUGGUGAUUAUCUGUCAUGGUUGCUUACUCUUCAACGACUUGUCGGGUUUGUUGAUGGACACUCCAUGUCUCCACCCCCUUUAUACCUUCUUGAUCAACACGGCCAUCAAUAUCAGAAUCCGUCGUAUGCUCACUGGACGCGCACCCAACAGCUUUCGCGAGAUGUUCUUGCUAAAGUACAACAUUUGGUUAACACGUCUGGUUUAUGGACUAGUGAUCUUGAGCAUCGUUUUGAUACUUGUACUUUAAAUGCUGCAUUACUUCAAUUAAAACGAACCUUGAUCAACCCCGACACUGCCACUCAGCAAGCUGCUAUUCAUUCUUGUAAUUUGACUGAAAUUGUGCGUCAAGUUAAACUUGUUUCGGUAAUCUUGCUUCCCUCAGUAUUAACAUGGCUGAUUGGACUAAUUUGCCAAAAGAUGUUAUCAUUAAGAUUGCAGGUUUUAUGUCUUUUUAUCAGAUUUUGAGACCUUGAAAUGGGUUUGUUCGUCUUGGAGAUCAGCCGCUAAGGAGGCAAAAUUCCAAGCCAACAAUUAGCAUACACUCCCGUGGUUGAUGUUACCCAAGAGAGACAGCUCGUCUAGGACCUGCUGUCUGUAUAGCCUUUGCAACUACAAGGUUCGCCAUGGGGGCGCCCCCAUUACUCACUGUGAGAAACGUUUUUGUUUCUCACAGUGAUAGUUUCGUAAA